UCCUAAACUAUAUCUCAUACAAUAUUUCCUAAUCUUAACAGACAUUUAUACUAAAAGAAAAAGAAAUCCAGGAGCUUAUAAAAGCGUUUUAAUCGUUUCAUGCAAUAGAAUUAUUGCUUGCGCUGCUGCUGCUGUUGCGUUCGGUUGUUGUUGUCGUUGCUGCCACUGUUAGAGUUUCGGUUGUUGUUGUUGCCACUGUUAGAGUUUCGGUUUUAUAAGCAACACCUUGAGUAGGAUGGAAUUCUUGGACGUUCAGAAGGAUGCUGGAAUCAAUCUGUAUCCUCAAAACUUUGAGGCUGUAAUUUCUAUAGCUGAUUUCAUGGUGAAAUAUGGUGAGUUGAACAAUGAGGAGUACCUGAAGGAGGUACAAGUUUCAGUGGCUGGAAGGAUCACGAGAAAGUGUCCACGUUCUUCGAAGCUUCUCUUCUAUGAUUUGGAAGAUGGUGGUGCCAAAGUCCAGGUUGUUGCUGAUGCUAGGAUUUCUGAGUUGGAAGGUUCUGAAUUUAUCAAGUUCCAUUCUUCUGUCAAACAGUUCGAUAUUGUUGGUGUAACUGGGUUCCCAGCAAAGUUGCUCACAGAUUCCCUAAGCGUACAUCCAGCCAUCAAGCCUCAGUAUGAGACAGCUUCUCAAGAACAGCACUGUGACUGUCCCUCUUCACUCCCACAGAACCAUGGUGUAUCAUCAUCUCUGUCUUCCUCUUUCCGUAUUGUUGUCGUUGGAGACAUUCAUGAAGAUUGGAAAUUAGAGCAUGACUGCAAAGCACUCCAUUUUCUACGGCCAGAUUUGGUGUUGUUCACAGGUGACUUUGGCAAUGAGAAUGUUGAGCUUGUUAAGGGUAUCACAGAGCUUAACAUUCCUAAAGGAGCAAUACUUGGAAAUCAUGAUGCCUGGUCUACAAGUAAGUUCACCAAGAAGGUGAAAGAUGGAGUUCAGCUUCAGCUGGAAUGUCUUGGUGAAACUCAUGUUGGAUAUGACCACUUGGACUUCCCUUCAUUAAAGCUAAGUGUUGUGGGCGGUAGACCCUUUUCUUGUGGAGGUGAUAAUCUAUUCAGGAAAAAGCUCAUAACUUCUAGAUAUGGUAUUCAUAACAUGGAAGAAAGUGCUGAUCAAAUCUACAAGGCUGCUUUACGGACUCCAAAAGAGAAUUCUAUUGUACUUCUCUCACAUAAUGGUCCAACAGGUCUUGGUUCUGGUAAUGAUGACAUAUGCGGUGUAGAUUGGGAGCCUGAAGGAGGAGAUUUUGGGGAUCGAGAUUUAGCCCAAGCAAUUUUGCAACUAAAAGAGAGCACAAAUUAUAGCAUUCCUUUGGUAGUUUUUGGACACAUGCAUAAAGAUUUGGCAUGUGGAGGUUCCCGGAAGAUGAUAGCCAUGGAUGAAAAUAACACCAUGUAUCUAAAUGCAGCGAUUGUUCCUAGAGUAAAAUGUGCAAGCUCUGGAGCUUCCCUUCGGGCCUUCACUGUGGUUGAGUUCAGUGAUGGUAAAAUAGCCAAGGUAGCUGAAACUUGGGUUUCAAUCAAUGACAAUGAAGCCUCCCUUGAAGAGGAGCAUUUAUUAUUUAGCAGCAAUGAUGGCUCAUCUUUUGCAAUGCAAAAAAACAUUACUUUCAAAACCUUUAAUUACACGGAGUAGAUUACGUAUUUUUUUGACGGAUUAGCCUUAUUCUUAUCUUCAUAUUCUUUCAUCUCUAUUUAGCAACUACAUUAUUCUGGGAAUACAAUAUUUUGGAAUAUAUAUUUUGAUUUAUUACAUAA